CUUUGUGUCAGCAGGAGGGAGAAUGGACACAAUACAGACAGAAAUAUAAUAUUGGGACACGCCUGGUACACAAUUAUGGAAAAGGGCAAAGAUUUAAGGGCAGUGAUGUUCAGCUUUCCUCACUUCAGCAGUGGGCAGUUGAUGGUCUAAUUCCACAAAGGAUGACUAUAGGUCAAAACUGAAAGCGCAAGCCGUAACAGUAGGUGUUGACAUUUUUUUACCGUAGCUAAACAAACAUUUGAAGAAGAAUGAAGUAAAAGAAACGUAGCGAAGGUCGGAGACUGUAGGAUUUUGUUUCAAUGGUUCUCAAUGUUUUGCGACAUUUUCAGCGGUAUCUCUACAAAGUGCCAGUCUAGUGUCAACAAAGCCAUAUCUGACAUGUUUGAGAAAGGCAGGGAACCUUCUUAGGACUGAGAUUGCCUUUGUACCUCCAGACUGGUCAGCAGAACUGUACUGUAUCUCCAACGCUUGAGGAAGAACAUUUGGACCAACUCUGCAAACACCUGGCACUUACUCUUUACGCAGCGUCAUGAAACACAUCAUACCUUCAUAGAAGACAACUUAGAAGGACAUAGAAGUUCCUUAACGAUGAACACCUCUCAGCAUCAGAGCCUGGACGAGAACGUGGUCUUUUCUCUAGUGCUUGAGUCCAACCCAGAGUUCCUUCACUCCGAAGCUGAGAGAUACGCUGUGGAGCAGCUGCUGACCGCUGGUCCUGGAGCUUUCUAUUCCAAACUUGGCAAAGAGAGACUAACACACUUCCUCUCACCGGAGGAGGUGAAUCAGGUGUCCAGCUGGGUUGAGGAUUACCACAUUAGUGAUGUCCCCCUGGACGAUGGAAACUUUGAAGAACAAAGUGGCACUGGGACUCAGGGAUACUCCGUUCUGUACUUUCCCAUGCAUUCGGAUAUCCCGGCCCCAUGCCUAGAGUUAGGAUGGCCGGAGAAGGCUAGGUGGGAAGGUGUGGACCAGGCUAAGGUCUACACCAAUCCUCCAGUGGAGCAGAUGCCCCACAUUCGGGAGGUGGUCAGGAGGCUGCUGCAGGGGGCGACCAUGCUGAUUGCUAUAGUGACAGACAGAGUGACGGACAGCGCAGUGAUCGCGGAUCUUCACUGCGCUGCAUCGCGAGGCGUUCCGGUGUACAUCAUCCUGAACCAAAGAUCCGUCCAGGAGAACUUCAACCCAAACCGACUCAGACACCCGAACAUAAGAGUUCGGGCUGUGGGGGGAAAGACGUUCUUCUCUCGGGAUGGGAAGAUGGUGGUAGGAGAGCUGAAGGAGAACUUUAUCCUGGUGGAUCUGCAGACAGUGGUUCUAGGUAGCUACAGUCUCACCUGGACUGAUGCUCAUUUGCACCGGCAGCUCAUCACAGUCAUGAGCGGACCGGCGGUUGAGUCUUUUGAUCGGGAGUUCCGCGUCCUUUACGCAGCCUCGCUGCCCAUUCCAGAUCAGUGGAAGUCCUGUAGACCUGUGGAGCUCUCCAGUGCAGAUGAACCUCACACUCUUUACCAACCAGAGCACCUUGAACCAUACAAGCACAAAUCAGCACUUACAGCGAAACCUUACAGCCCCCCUCCACCCCCAACUGACUGCCUUCUGGAUUGGGAAGCUCUUGGGGUCGUCCAUUGGAACCAAGGCAUCCCAGAAGGUCCGGAUAGAUUGCUGGGGGUUCGUGAGAAGCCGCUCCAGUGCCACAGUGCAGGAUUAAAUGGGCAGCCUGAGGCUGCUGGAGCCAGAAGAGGAGCUGGCGUAGAAGAGCCUGGUUCCACCGAGUUCCAAGUUGAGCAUAAGUUAUACCCCAGUGUUAAAGCUGAGCCGAGACAUACAGCGGAUCAUCAGACAGUCUUCGGGUUCACACGAAAACCAGAGAGGCUCCCAUACAGGCGUCUUAGUCUAGCACUGGAAACAGAACGUGAGGACUGGGAUGGGAUGCUCAGGCUCCACGAGCACAGGAGGAACAUGAUGCCAAGGGACGAGUCUGAGACCUUUUCACAUGCUCACAGACGAGACUAUCCACUGCGGGUGGAACGGAGUAUGGGAGAAAAUAUGAUUCCUGAGGAGGUGCCGCCAGAGCCUGCUGCCAAUCACAAGAAGCCGCUUAUCCUGAGGGUUCCGCAGACGGAGGGCUGCUUCAGCUCUCUGAGCGAUAUUCUAAAAAGAAUCAACUCUCGAAAGAGCGCCAAAGAGCAGCAGAAGAGAGUGGCUAAAACUACAAUCAGCAAAUCCAUGCUGGACCUGAGCGCAGCAGGCACAGCGCAAAACACCAGCUUCUAUGAAAGCUUCCCCCUAACUCCAGCCCUAGCGCUCAUUAAAAAGCGAAAUGAUGAAAUCAAAUCUGGACUCCUGAGGCCCCCGAGGACCUUCCUGCCGUCGCCUAGGCCACGCAGUUCCAGUUUUGCCCUGCAGAGGGAGCCCUGGAGAUCUCCUCUCUUCAGAGAGCAGAGGAGUGACGAGGACCAGUGACGUAAUUCUCAGGGUGGAAACUCCCAACAUAGGGGUUACCUUACCCACAGCGUGAUGACCUGACACUGCAUUGACAUUUACUUCUGUGUUUACAUGGCCUUUGAAGUUGCUACGUCAUCAAGCCACAUUUGACUGACACAGCAAGAAAUAUUAGUAAUUAAUCAACGGAGCUAA